AGAUGGUAAAAAAAUUUUUUUUUUUUUUGGGAGAAAGUAAAAAUAUAAAAGAAAUAAAAAAGCUGUACUAUUAUUUUCUUUUCUUCAUUCAUUCAACAUAAGGCAAGUAUUCAUUUUAUAAAUAAUAUUGAGAGAAGGAAAAGAAAGAGGGAGGAUUAUCUUACAAAGAUGAAGAAAACAGACCUGUUCUGCACUCUUACUGAAGAUAAAACAUUGCCUUAGCUGAAAGAUAUAUUCUCUUUUUUUCUUUUUUUCUUUUUAAAAGAUUUAUGUUUCGAACAUUUUUUUCCUAACCUAUUUUUCUUUUUUUUUAACAGAUUUUUUCUUAUGGGCUUCUUUAAAACUUUCUUUCUAUAAAAAUUAAAUAAAAAAAAUUAUAAUAUAUCUUUCUUUCUUCAUUUACCAAUGUUUGUUCGUUCGUCUUUAAAAGUUAAAAGAUGUUACUCUACCUUUGAGAAACUCGGGAUAUCUUCUGCUACAUGUCAGAAAUUAAGUUCCAAGUUUAAUGUCACACAACCCACCCAUGCGCAAGAACAAUUCAUACCUGUCCUCGUCAAAGGCUUCCAAGAUCUCUUGUUACGAGAUCGUACGGGCACAGGCAAGACCUUUGGCACUACACUCACACUGGCUUCUCUCAUCCCCUCUACCCCUUCUAAAAGUAUUCAAUCACUCUACAUUGUCCCCAAUCAAGAACUGGCUUACCAGAUCGGAUCUUGGCUUUCUCAAUUAACUCCUCAUGCCAGUCAUCAAGUCUUUGCCAACUCGGAUCAGGUCGAACUCACACAGAUCCCUCAUACCGUAGUAGGUACCCCUGCGCGUAUCCUCGAUCUCGUCAGUCAAGGCAAGUUACCCUUACACGGACUACAGCGACUCGUACUAGAUGAAGCCGAUCAAGCCUUGUCCUUGCCUAAACGCUAUGCCACCGUUCGUCAGCAACAGCAGCGUGCCUCUCAUCCUAAACCCGCUGAACUUUUACUGGAUGCUUUAAGCCGCUUGAAUAAACAAACUGUGAUUUCUUCCGCUACCUUGAACCGACCUUUACGUUAUUUCCUAAGCCAAAAGGAGUGGGUGCAUGAUCCUUUAUUUGUGGACUUGGCUGGUGGAUCUGGACUGAACGAGGAACGCAACUCAACGGUGCAGCAUUACUGUCUAGUCAUAUCCGAGGACAGUAUCCGUAAUGUGCGCGAGAAGGACGCCAUUGUGAGCAAAGAGUCGCAGGUAGAUUUUGGUGACGACGAUGAUCGUAUGAUGGAAAGUGUUGCGGUGUUACAGGAACUGGAGCAUGUGCGCGACGGUAUUUUAUUUAUUGGCCAUGGCGUGAGUGUGAAUACGGUCAAGACGAAAUUAGCAGGACAUGGAGUGGAAGCAGCAGAUAUCAAGGAUUACCGACGUGGGGAAAACAAGUUGUGGAUCGCUACGGAAUUCACAGCGCGUGGUGUGGAUAUUCCCGGUGUAUCGCAUGUGUUUAUCUUGGGAAAACCUGUUUCGGUGACAUCGUAUUUGCAUAUGGCGGGUAGAACAGGACGUCUUAGUCCACAAGGGUUUGCUAGUGGAAAAGUCAUUAAUUUAGUAAGGGAACAUGGUUGGACAGAGUCUAAAAUGGUGAGCAUGUAUGAUCUCUUGGACAUUCCUGUCCAAAACUAUCAGCAUGUCGAGUAG